GUAACCCUCCCGAGAAGCAUGGAUUCCCACGAGCUCUUCCGGAGACUCGGGGCCGGCGCCAAGUUCGACGUGAAGCGCUUCAGGGGGGACGCGGAGCGGUUCAAGGUAAUCAAAAAGAAGGACAAAGAAUUUCUGGCGGAUCUUGACUUCUUUGCAAGCAAAAAGCUUCUGAAGCCUUCUGAGAAUGGCACAGGAGCAAGUGAGCCUCUAGAUGAAGCCAAGCAGUCAUCUGAAGUACACUCUGAAGAUGACAUGAGUGAAUCUGGUGGGGCUGCAAACAAGAGAAAAAGAGAUGAGCAAAGCACAGAAGGGAAGAGGAGGAGGAGGAAGAAGAAAAAGACAAUGACCCAAGAGACGGCUCCACUCCUUGCUGGAACUGAAAAUGAUGGGCUGCUGUGGAUGUCUGCUGUGGAAGCAAAGCUUGGUGUGCCCAAAAAAAGGGAGGAGAAGCCCACUGCCGAGAAACUGGAACGAGCCAGACAAGAAAAGGUAAACCAUUUCAGAAACCAGCACAAGAUUUACAUCCAAGGAACAGAUCUUCCAGAACCAAUUGCUACAUUUGAGCAACUCAGGGAAGAAUACAAAAUCCACCCAAGGAUCAUUCAGAAUAUCGAGGCUGCUGGAUUCCAGUCUCCCACGCCAAUUCAGAUGCAAGCCAUUCCGGUCAUGCUUCAUGGUCGUGAACUUCUGGCUUGUGCCCCCACCGGCUCUGGAAAGACCCUGGCCUUUUCCGUUCCUAUUCUAGUGCACCUGAAGCAGCCUAUGAACAGAGGUUUCAGAGCUCUCAUAAUUUCACCCACGCGGGAGCUGACCAAUCAGACCCACAGAGAACUGGUGACGCUGUCUGAAGGGAUGGGCUUCCGGAUUCAUAUGAUCCACAAAGCUACCCAGGCUGCAAAGAACUUUGGACCAAAGUCCUCCCAUAAAUUUGAUAUACUGGUGACCACUCCCAACAGGCUUAUUUAUUUGCUGAAACAAGACCCUCCGGCAAUAGACUUGUCCAGGGUCGAGUGGCUCGUAGUCGACGAGUCAGACAAGUUGUUUGAAGAUGGGAAGACGGGGUUCCGAGACCAGUUGGCCACCAUUUUUCUGGCUUGCACCUCCCCUCUUGUCAAGAGGGCCAUGUUCAGCGCAACGUUCGCACAUGAUGUGGAGCAGUGGUGUAAGCUGAACUUGGACAACGUCAUUUCGGUCUCUAUUGGAGCAAGAAACUCUGCAGCGGAGACAGUAGAUCAGGAGCUCUUGUUUGUAGGCUCGGAGACUGGGAAACUGCUAGCAGUGAGAGACCUUGUGAAAAAGGGCUUCACGCCUCCUGUCUUGGUUUUCGUCCAGUCCAUUGAGCGGGCGAAAGAGCUUUUCCACGAGCUCAUCUACGAGGGCAUCAAUGUGGAAGUCAUUCAUGCAGACCGAACGCAGCAGCAGAGAGAGAACAUUGUCCAGAGUUUCAGGGCAGGGAAGAUCUGGGUCCUGAUUUGCACCGCUUUGCUAGCGAGAGGAAUUGACUUCAAAGGAGUGAAUAUGGUCCUCAAUUAUGACUUCCCAAGUAGUGCUGUGGAGUAUAUUCACCGGAUCGGCCGCACGGGGAGAGCUGGACGUGCAGGAAAAGCAAUCACUUUCUUCACUGAAGAUGACAAGCCGUUGCUAAGAAGCAUAGCCAGUGUUAUUCAGCGAGCCGGCUGUCCUGUACCAGACUACAUAAAACAUUUUCACAAACUGCAAAGCAAGCAAAAGAAGAAGCUGAUUAAGAAGCCGUUGGAAAGGGAACACAUCGUCACGUCCCCUCGGUUCUUGCAGGGGAAAGCCAAGAGGAAGAGGAUAAUCUCCAAGAAGGAUGUAAAGAAAGCUAAAGCUAAAAAUAACAAUUCUCAGUCACAAACUGUUCCAGAAAAUUGAUGACACAGUCAAGAUAAAAGGAUUCCAUAUUUGUAGGAAUGGUGGUUUCAGGAAUCUCAAGGGGUUGUUGAUGGACUUGUGAGG